AUGAAUUCUUACGCUGUAAAAAGAGACGAAGAUACUUCAUAUGAAGAUAGUAAUGAGAUUUCUUCCAUCAGUACAACCGAUGCGGUAUCAAUUACUUCUAAAGACAAGAAUCCUGAAUCAGAAGGUUUGGUUCCUUACACAUUAGACAAUUCGAAAGCUGACGAUUUGAUUCAAUCCAUACCAGAACCUACUACUUCAGAAAUUGAAUCGUCAAUUAUAAAUAAUACCUCAGAUAAUAUUUCAAUUAACCAUACAUCGACUACAAAACUCUGUGAAAUUCGUGAAACUUUGGAUAAAAAUGAUAUAACCCAAAUUAAUACUGAAAGAGAAAAUCAUGAAUCUAGUAAAAAUAUUUUUAAAAGAAUAGGAAAAAUGCUUAAGAAAAGGAUUAAAAAGGCUUUUAGGUGA